AUGGAGGUGAUGUUCGACAUGUCGAAGAAGGAGCAGGGCAACCCAGGCAGCAACUAUAAGAAGUUGCACCGGCGAAUCAAGCAAGAUUACAAGGUGUCCACCAACAAGGAGGUCAUCAACCUCGAGAGGCUUCGAGCGGCCAACCUUGUGAUCUUCGCAGGGCCCCGGGAGAUGUUCACGGUGGACGAGUUCACCGCGCUCAAGGACUACUUGGCAGAUGGUGGCAGCGUUCUCUUCCUCGUUGGUGAGGGCGGAGAAGGCAAGAGCAACACCAACGUGAACUACCUCCUGGAAGAGUUUGGUAUGAGCGUCAACAAUGAUGCUGUGGUCCGAACGGUCUACCACAAGUACCAUCAUCCGAAGGAGUGUCUCAUCACGCACGGCACCAUCUGCCGUGACCUGGUGCGAGCAGCCAAUGGCGAAAAGAAGAAAGAGAAGGAAAACAACGAUAAGCUUGCUCUGAACAUCACCAAGGAGGAUGCGGAAACCGUCACCCUCGCCAAGGACGAUGGUGGACUGGAGUUCGUGUUCCCGUACGGAGCAACGCUGAAUGCGCAGAAGCCUGCCAUUCCUAUACUUUCUUCUGGGCCCAUCUCAUAUCCACUGAAUCGCCCCAUCGGGGCUAUUCACAACAAGGUGGGCAUGGGCAGGAUCUGCGUCAUCGGCUCCGUCCAGAUGUUCGGCGAUGACUUCCUGGACUGUGAGAAAAACAGACAACUCGUCGACACCCUGGUGAGAUGGUUGUUGAGGCUGGGGGACUGCGAGCUUAGCUACGCCUACGGCGAGGAGCCUGAACUCAGCGAGUACCAUCACAUCCCUCACACCCAGGGCUUGGCGAUGAAUCUCAGGAGCUGCUUACAGGAAAAUGAGCAGCUUCCUCGCGACUUCACCCAGCUGUUCGAUGACAGCCUUUUCAAGUUCGACACCGACCUGAUUCCAGAG